CGUUACUUCGCGGAUUUUUAGACGUGUUUCAACUUGUUGAGUUUUGGCAGCCGAUGGGUAUAUAAAGGCUGGAUUUCCCCCAAACAAGUCAUUCAAUCGCCGAAUGCUCGAGAAAAACAAAAGCCAUCUGAAAUUAUGGAAGCCCAGACAAGUAUGGAAUAUGGAAGAACAGCCAAAAGGCAGAGGAUCGAAUAUGGUUGUAGUGACUGUGGUCAAACCUUUGCACACAAAUAAAGUUUAAACCGUCACAAGAAGACGGCCCAUGGAAGUCCGAAGCUAACUUGCAGUCAAUGCAAAAUGACAUUCACGAGAAGAGAUAACCUGCAUCGUCAUUUAAAGACACAUUUACAACAGGGGGUGCUAAUGAAAGUACUCCACGAGGGACACCUGCCACUGAACCAACACCCACUCAACAAGAACCUGUCGAGCCACCGUGUGACCUUCAAGCCCUAGGAGGCACUAUGCAGGUUCAUACCAUCCCAGGAGAGGGUAUACAGAAAUACGACCCCAUGACAUACCUGAAGGGAAAGUACGACGAGGUCAAGAAGGUGUUGAAGCAAGCCAUCAAAGAUCGAGGUGGGCUAAAGUGGUACCUGACCAUUAAAAUAAAGAUGAGCAGGCGGAAAGGUGAGGUGGUGGAAACGGUGGAACCCCAUUUUAGAGGCAAGUGUCAAACGUCUCUUAAAUUUGAAGACCCGGAUGAAGGGAUGAAGGAAUCGAUUAAAAAGAUCUAUACUUCUUUCAUCGAAUUCCAAAGGCAGGGUAGCAACUGGACUGUGGAUAAGGUGGUAGACCUCACCAUUCACAUGGCCCGAUACAGACCACUUCGAGGCUCGAGUUACACACCCCUCCCCAUCAAAUUGAGAUCUAAGCAUGCCAUCAUCAAUGUUCAGAAUCGGGACCAGAAGUGUUUCAUGUGGUCGGUCCUGGCAGCAUUACACCCAGUCAAGCGCAAUCCACACAGGGUCAACCACUAUUUCAAUCUCAUCAAUAGUAUAAAUUUGACAGGCGUUUCUUUCCCCGUUAAACUGGUCGAUAUUCCCCGGUUUGAAAACCAAAACCAAAUUUCCAUAAAUGUUUUCGGGUACGAAAAGGGAGACGUUUACCCACUCCACGUGACUAAACGACGCUUUGAAAGGCACGUGGACCUGUUGAUGAUCGCCAACAGUAAAACGUCGCACUUUUGCUGGAUCAAAGACUUGAACCGGCUACUAUUUGAUAAAAAAAACACGCCCAUAGGUACCAUUAUUGUCCUUACUGUCUACAGGGAUUCACGAAACAGGCAGUGUUGGAUGAUCAUUUGAUUUAUUGUCAGACACAUGGUCCGCAGAAGGUUGACAUGCCCAAAGAGGAAGACAAAUGGCUAUAUUAUAAGAAUGUAAAAAAACAACUCCAAGUUCCCUACAUCGUCUAUGCCGAUUUCGAAUGCCUCCAAGUGCCCAUCAUAGGAUGUGCUAAAGACCCCGCGUCAUCUUCUACAGAGAAAAUGACCAAACACGUCCCAUCGGGGUUUGCCUACAAAGUGGUCGGCUUGUCACCCGAGCAUUGCAAACCACUUGUCACCUACAGAGGAUUAGAUGCCACCGACAAAUGUGUCGAGUGCAUGGUCAAAGAACAAGAGGACAUAGAACAGAAAUUUAAAUGGUGUGAGUCAAUGGUGAUCACGGGACGAGAUUGGCAGUCAUUCAAAACGGCCACACACUGUCACAUAUGCAAUGAGCCAUUAGAUCUUAAGCCAGUCAGAGACCACUGUCACAUCACUGGGAAGUUCAGGGGUGCAGCCCACAGCGAAUGCAACCUCAACUAUAAAUUCACUGGUCGCAUUCCCGUCGUCUUUCACAAUUUACGUGGUUACGACAGUCAUCUCAUCAUGCAGGCCAUAGGAAAAAUUCAGAGUAAACCCAUUAGCUGCAUUCCCAACAACAUGGAAAAAUACAUAUCUUUCAGUCUAGGGUGCAUGGGUUUUAUCGAUUCCUUUCAGUUUAUGAACUUUUCCUUGGAGAAACUCGUAAACAAUCUGGCCAAGGAAGGACCUUCUAAGUUCAACAACAUGACCCAACAUUUCGGCGCAGAUCAACUGGCCCUUCUAUUGAGAAAGCAGGUCUACCCCUACGAGUACUUUGAUUUAGAAGACAAAUUCAUAGAGACCCAACUCCCACACAAAGAAGCCUUUCGAAGUUCCUUAACCGAUGAAGACAUAAGUGACGAGGACAAUGCUCAUGCUCAAAAAGUGUGGGAGGAAUUUCGCAUCCGAGACCUCGGUCAGUACCACGAUCUGUACGUUUCAACAGGCAUAUGUCUGAGCUACUAUGGACUCGACCCAGCUCAUUUCUACACGUCUCCGGGUCUGGCAUGGCAGGCGGCACUAAAGAUGACGAGUGUGAAACUCGAACUUCUCACCGACAUCAAUAUGCAUCUCUUUAUAGAAAAGGGACUUAGGGGUGGAAUUUCCAUGAUAUCCCAUCGCCAUGCCAAAGCUAACAACGACCAGGUCCCAAACUACGACCCUGAUCUUCCCAAUACAUAUAUCGCUUAUCUGGAUGCCAAUAACCUAUAUGGCUGGGCCAUGUCACAAGCACUUCCAGUGUCUGGAUUCAAGUGGCUGGAUGAUCUCCAGGUAAACGUGACCGAGGUACCUGACGAUGCAACUAAAGGCUACAUUUUAGAAGUCGACCUGGACUAUCCCCAAGAACUGCACGACCUUCACAACGAAUAUCCUCUUGCUCCAGAGAAACUGACGGUGACCGAAGACAUGCUUUCUCCCUAUGCUUCCCAUCUUCUGAAAGAGCUAGACAUGAGUGGCGUUUCAACAGAGAAACUGAUCCCAAACUUGAAACGCAAGGAGAAAUAUGUAGUGCAUUACCGAAAUUUGAAAUUAUAUCUUUCACUGGGCAUGAAACUGACCAAGAUCCAUCGAGUGUUGGCCUUUGAACAAAGCCCAUGGUUGAAGGCCUACAUCGAUUUUAAUACAGACAGGCGCAAACGUGCCCAAAAUUAUUUUGAAAAAGAUUUCUUCAAACUGAUGAACAACUCUGUAUUUGGCAAGACGAUGGAGAACUUGAGGAAGCACGUGGACGUGAAAUUGGUCAACAGUCAAAAGAGAGCUGGCAAGUUCAUCGCCAAACCCACUUUUCAUGCCUUUCGUAUUUUCAACAACGAUCUGGUGGCCAUCCACAUGCAGAAGCAACGGUUGAUUUUGAACAGACCGAUCUAUGUGGGUUUCGUCAUUCUGGACAUUUCAAAAAUAUUGAUGUAUGACUUUCACUAUAACUAUAUCAAGACCAAAUAUGCGUCCAAAGCCCAGCUCCUGUUCACAGACACCGAUUCGUUGUGCUAUAGCAUCCGGACAGAUUACAUCUACCAAGACAUGUUAAAUGACAAUGACCUGUUUGACACUUCAGAGUACCCCACUGACCACACCCUGUAGAGUACCGAGAACAAGAAAGUACUGGGCAAAAUGAAGGAUGAGACUCGUGGAAUCCUCAUCCGGGAGUUUGUGGGUUUAAAAUCCAAAAUGUAUUCACUCAUUUUUGAGGAGAAAGGUGAGCUGGUGGAAAAGAAAAUGGCCAAAGGAAUCAAGAAGAGUGUUAUUAAAAAUCAUACUAAACACCAACACUAUAAACAGUGUCUCUUCAAUAAAGUCGACUAUGACCCAGAUCCGAAGCUAUCAACACGAGUUGUAUAACAUCAAACUCAACAAACUGGGACUGUCGCCAUUUGAUGACAAGAGGUAUCUCCUUGACGAUGGUAUAACCAGUCUCAGUUAUGGCCACUGGAGAAUUUCUCAGAAUGCCUGAAAACUAUAAAUAGGGGUAAACACGUUAAUACCAAGUCAUUUGUGACUUGUCUAUCAAGCUGUCAACAUCAUGGGGAAGAGCUCCUGUCCCGAGUGUGGAAGGUUGUUUACCAGAGAAGAUAAUAUGAGGAGACAUAGAUCUUCUUUUCACUUAUCUCCUCCUCCUCCUCCUCCUCCUCCACCUCCUCCUCCACCUCCACCUCCUCCACCUCCUCCUCCUCCUCCUCCUCCUCCUCCACCACCACCACCACCUCCUCCUCCUCCUCCACCACCAC